GGAAGCGGAAGGGGGCGGCCGAGCCCGGUACCUGACGUGUCCCUCCGAGGCCGCUGCCGCCGGUGCCCGCGCUGCGCUCCCGUCCGGCGGCCGCCAUGGGCAUCAAAUUUCUUGAAGUAAUCAAGCCCUUCUGUGUUAUCUUGCCUGAAAUCCAAAAGCCAGAACGGAAGAUUCAGUUUAAGGAAAAGGUGCUGUGGACAGCUAUCACACUCUUCAUCUUCUUAGUAUGCUGCCAGAUUCCCUUGUUUGGUAUUAUGUCAUCAGACUCGGCAGAUCCAUUCUACUGGAUGAGAGUGAUUUUGGCAUCAAAUAGAGGUACAUUGAUGGAACUAGGCAUUUCACCCAUUGUCACUUCUGGACUCAUCAUGCAGCUCUUGGCAGGUGCUAAGAUAAUUGAAGUUGGUGACACCCCGAAGGACAGAGCCCUCUUCAAUGGAGCACAGAAAUUGUUUGGAAUGAUCAUUACUAUUGGACAGUCUAUUGUGUAUGUAAUGACUGGGAUGUAUGGAGACCCAUCUGAGAUGGGUGCUGGGAUCUGCCUGCUUAUCACAAUUCAGCUUUUUGUGGCUGGAUUGAUAGUUCUGCUCUUGGAUGAGCUCCUACAGAAAGGGUAUGGUCUUGGUUCUGGCAUCUCUCUCUUCAUUGCUACCAAUAUCUGUGAGACUAUAGUGUGGAAAGCCUUCAGCCCCACCACAGUGAACACAGGACGAGGCAUGGAAUUUGAGGGAGCCAUCAUUGCUCUGUUCCAUCUUCUGGCUACUCGUACAGACAAAGUCAGAGCCCUUCGAGAGGCCUUUUACCGUCAGAAUCUCCCCAACCUUAUGAACCUGAUUGCCACCAUCUUCGUCUUUGCUAUUGUAAUUUACUUCCAGGGCUUCAGAGUGGAUCUUCCCAUCAAGUCUGCUCGCUACCGUGGCCAGUACAACACCUACCCCAUCAAGCUGUUCUAUACUUCCAACAUUCCCAUUAUUCUUCAGUCUGCCUUGGUGUCCAACUUGUACGUCAUCUCCCAGAUGCUUUCUGCUCGCUUCAGUGGCAACUUACUGGUUAGCCUGCUGGGCACUUGGUCUGACACAUCAUCUGGAGGCCCUGCUCGUGCUUAUCCAGUUGGUGGUCUUUGUUACUACCUUUCACCUCCAGAGUCCUUUUCUUCAGUGUUAGAAGACCCUGUACACGCAGUUGUCUAUAUUGUAUUUAUGUUGGGCUCCUGUGCUUUCUUCUCCAAGACGUGGAUUGAAGUCUCUGGCUCCUCUGCCAAAGAUGUUGCCAAACAGCUGAAAGAACAGCAAAUGGUAAUGCGAGGCCACAGAGAAACUUCAAUGGUACAUGAACUAAACAGGUACAUCCCUACAGCUGCUGCAUUUGGUGGUCUGUGUAUCGGUGCCCUGUCUGUGUUGGCAGACUUCCUGGGGGCAAUUGGGUCUGGAACUGGAAUUCUGCUGGCAGUCACUAUCAUUUAUCAGUACUUUGAGAUCUUUGUAAAGGAACAGAGUGAAGUUGGCAGUAUGGGAGCUCUGCUUUUCUAACCUCACGGACCCAGGCUCCGGGGGAGGAACCUUCUCAAACAUAGCCAGUCAGGUGAAAAGGAGUACCACAAACUUCAUAACAUUCUCUAGGAACACACGUUUUAAUAAUGUUUCCAAAGCACAUUCCCUUAUGUUAAACUUUUCUAGUGUCCUGUUGGCAUUUUAUAAAUCCAUGAGGAAAAAUGUGCAAAAAAAAUUUUUUUUAAAGAAACUUGUUUUUUAAUGAUAUGUCAGGAGAAUCAGCUGCUCAAUUGGGUUUAGUUCAGUGACUCUUGGGAUUUUUUUGAGCCCCUUUCAGAUUUAGGAUACCUGAAGCCUUUCCAGGUUUUAAUAAUAAGUGUUUGUUAAGUGGAUGUUUGGAAGAAGGGAUUUUGUUUCCAUGUAACUUGGUUUUGCAGCUCCAUUGCAGCAGUGGUGAGACAAAAUCUCUCCCUCUUAAUGCUCAAGUUCCUUAAUUCUGGUUGUAAGCACGAACAGUGUUUCAGAUGUUCAGUUCUGUGUUUGCGUUGGGGUUUUAUUUUCAGUAUGGCAGAUUUGGGAGGCAGUUGUUUCUUUGUACUAAAUGAUAGCUCUAACUCCUAAUGUUUUGUCUUGUAAUAACUGUGCUAGACCCUCUCAGAUGUGGGGUAUUGGCUGGAGACUGUUGUCACGUGUCCUUUCCCAUCACCCUCCUCUGCAAGCAGAAAACUCAGGUCAAUCUAGAUCCUGCCAGAGCCUGUGCCUCAGAGCUGCAGCUUUGAACCUUGUUCACACUGGCAGCUUUGUAAAACCUUCUCAUUCAUUUCACUGCCAUCAUUGGUAGCACUCCUGUUGCCAGAAGUGAAAAGUGUGGCUGCUUAGACACAGACCUGCUCGUGCUCUUUGCUGAAGCUGGGUUUCUCUCUCUGAUAAGAAAUCCUGGUCUUAUAGCAAUCAGGAUAUUACCUGACUACUCAUAUCUAGUGAAGUUUGAGUCUGGUUACCAUGAAGGAGUGUGAAAAGGAUGUGUUACUUAUCUGUUUCUGUGGAUAUGAGACCCUUGUCAGGUAACUUGUAGGUCGCUUGUAUAGAAGGCUUUUUCCACCCUGUAAUGUCAUUGAAUAAUGUACAGAAAGUUACUUCCAGAAGGUACUGGGACUCCUUUUCUGAAGAUCACACUUUUGACAUUGGAGAAAUUACAGUAAAAGGCUUUCAUGGACCAAAACAAUACUCAAUUUUCCAUUUUGAUUUCAAUUGUCAGUACUAAUCAGGUGCUUGGGACCAGAUGCAAAUACUGUGUAUGAGUCUUGUAAAUAGUCAGUAUUGGACAACAUGGAAACCAGAAUGAGGAGCUGUGAUGCUGGAAUGUUUCUCGAUGCUGCAUCCUUAUGCCUGCUGUGCCCUUUGGCAUGUGGGGCCGGCAGUAUAUGAGUUACCAUUUGUGCUGGGACUCUGUUACAUACCCAAGGAGCAGAGAUGACAUCCAGAAGCCCUUGUUGAUGCACUGAGCUCAAAUACCAAAUGCGUGAGAGAUCAGUACAUUUGGAAUGCAUCUAUUGGUAAAAGUGAAGCUCCUGGCCAUGAAGAUCACAAUUGGAAAUGAACAAAAAUAGUGGGAUACAGUAGGUGUGAAAUGGUCACUGCCAGCCAUUCCUUGUUACUGCACACUACAUUCAGUAACUUUUCUGCCUUUCAUUAAGUAGGAGUAACCCAUAGCACAAUUUUGACAUGGAAUAAGGAUCAGUUAAAAACUGACUUUCAAAGGCAAGGGCAGGAGCAUGGGGUGGGGAUUCUGCUCUAGGGCCUUUGGCAUUGCUGGUUUUCCAGGUAGCCCAAUUCAGAUCAUGUCUUGAAAUGAAAAGGACUCCACUUUUGGGCCUGCAGUUCUGGCUGGGCUGGAGCUGGGCUUGUGUGUUUGGUCAUAUCAUCUGUCUGGCCUGGGUGCAGUUUAGACCAUCAGCUCAUUGGGGUCUAAGCAGCACUUGUUCUAUGCAUCAGUGUUCCUGUCUUGUGGUGAAGUCUUUGUCUGUCCUUGAAGCAGGACUUGUUCCUCAUGCAGUGGAUGUUCACAGAAAGAAAUAAUGCCGAAACAAUCUGCUUUAUAAUGAAAUAAAGUACCUCUUUGGAGCUAA